UAGUGUCGCGCAGUCUGGCAACCCUCCUGUCAAACUCGCAGCGCGUGCAGGUUGCUUCUAGAAGUUGGAAACAGAAGUUAGCGUCUUUGCACCUAGCAGUACAGAGCUGCAAGCUAACAUGGCAGGGAAGAGGGCGUUAGUAAUCCUGUCUAAAGGCGCAGAGGAGAUGGAAACUGUUAUUCCCGUGGACAUUAUGCGCAGAGCUGGGAUAGCAGUGACGGUAGCUGGUCUUACCGGCAAAGAGCCAGUCCAGUGUAGCAGAAACGUUGUAAUUUGUCCUGAUGCCAGUUUGGAGGAGGCGAGCAAACAGGGCCCUUAUGAUGUGGUCCUUCUGCCAGGAGGAAUGCCAGGAGCCCAGAAUCUAGCAGAGUCUCCUGCUGUGAAGGAGGUGCUGAAAGAUCAAGAUGGCAGAAAAGGCCUGAUUGCGGCCAUCUGUGCAGGUCCCACUGCUCUUCUGGCACAUGGCAUUGGCUUCGGCAGCACAGUGACUACACAUCCUGCCAUGAAGGAGAAGAUGAUGGCUGGAGACCACUAUAAAUAUUCAGAGGCUCGAGUACAGAAGGAUGGACAUUACAUCACCAGCCGUGGGCCAGGAACGAGUUUUGAGUUUGCCCUGACGAUUGUAGAGGAACUUAUGGGGGCUGAGGUUGCAGCUCAAGUCAAGGCUCCUCUUAUUAUGAAAGACUGACUGUAGCUAUGUUUGCUUGCAACACUGCAAACAACACAGCCCCCCCUAUAAAAGUCUGACAGUGCUGAGACUGCUAAUCCAUUAUAGCUGGCAUCAAGAUUCAGGACUUGCUAUUGAGAAAACAUUCUGUUGCGAAAGGUUAUCGUUCUCCUCUGCCUUUCAUAAGUUGCCAAUGACACUGAAACAAUAUGGAUAAUCAUCACUGUUAUAUUGUAGCUAAUUUCCACUAACUGCUUCCCUAUUAUUUUGACUGCUGUAUGGCAAUGUCUGUCAUUAAAGGACAAGUGUGAUGAAUCUC